AUGCCCGAUGAAACCCCCGAAACCUCAAAACUGGUCGACUCCAGAGGGCUCAGCCAGUCGUGGAGGAUGACGAAAAAAGAAGCCUUCAGAAGAACGGCGUCACGAAAGAUAGGGGCCAAGCGAAGGGUAAGGGACGACAGGCAGGGCCGACAAGGAGAACCCGAAGGGAGAGCCGUAAAGGCAAGGCGUAGGUCGAGAAAGGAGAGGGACUUUUAG